AUGCAGACGCGCUACCGUCCCGCGAGUUUGGACAGCCCUGACAUACCUGGCGGCGCCAGCGAGGCGGCGCGCCCGCUCUCCAUGGGAACAGCAAGUGUCCCAUUAUGGGAUGCAGCCUACCUGCGCCACGGCACGGCGCCAAGGCGAGGCCGAGGCCGGGCCGCACAAAAACGCCCACGGACCGAGAAGGAGAGCCGCCAGGUUCAAAAGGUUGCUGCGCCGCCCGCGUCGACACCCACGGCCGCCGGCCUUAUUCGCACGUAUUCCUGCACGUGUAUUGAUUAUAGCAUUAAGUUAAAUAUGUGCAAGCAUAUACAUAAUGUUUGCCAACUAGACAGUACAGAACAAAAUCCUUUUGAAAUUUCUGAAUUACAAGAUGCAGUAGCUACAGAUGUUGGAGAUAUGUCUUGCAUUAAUGAGAAAGAAGUGAUUUUGAAGCAAAGCCUGACACUGAGUAUGAUGAGCAAGGUUGUGGUAUGCCAUGGCAGCAAGAGCUUCCACACACCACACCAGAACCUGACACUGAGUGUGAUGAGCAAGGUUGUGGUAUGCCAUGGCAGCAAGAGCUUCCACACACCACACCAGAACCUGACACUGAGUGUGAUGAGCAAGGUUGUGGUAUGCCAUGGCAGCAAGAGCUUCCACACACCACACCAGAACCUGACACUGAGUGUGAUGAGCAAGGUUGUGGUAUGCCAUGGCAGCAAGAGCUUCCACACACCACACCAGAACCUGACACUGAGUGUGAUGAGCAAGGUUGUGGUAUGCCAUGGCAGCAAGAGCUUCCACACACCACACCAGAACCUGACACUGAGUGUGAUGAGCAAGGUUGUGGUAUGCCAUGGCAGUAAGAGCUUCCACACACCACACCAGGACCUGUCAGUGAAUGAGUUUAUAACGGUGCUUUGGAUAAACCAUGAAAGCAUGAGCUUCCACACAGCACACCAGGGCCUGUCGGUUUGUCUGUGUGACACAGCAAGUGUCACUGAAAAUGGCAGCAACACAUCCAACAUGCCACCUUAGCUAGAUAUGUCUGUCCCUGUAGCUGUGUGGUUAGAGGGACUGAUAGGUACGCAGGGUCUCAGGUGCAAUUCCUGUCCAUGUCGGAGAGUCAGGCCUCUCGGGGGCUGGGUUGUGUGUUGCCAUUAUCACCAUUUUACCUUUUUUUCAAAUGCAAAUCACCAAAGUGGCAUCAUCUGGUGAAGACUUGCAGUAGGCAGCCGAAUGGUUCUGCAUAGGAUCUCCCGGACAGAAAUGCUAUACGGUCAUUUCGUUUCACUCUAGGACUCUAGAGUAAGCAGUGAGUAGCUGUGUCCACUAUGAUGCUUUGUCAUGACUGACACCUAGUAUGGCAAUACAGCAUGCCACUAUAAUGGUGUCAACAGUCUUGGAUAGUUUGUCUGCUCCAAUGGAUGGUGGUGCAUGAGAAAUAGACUUGUCAGGAAGGCCAGUCAGACCUCUGUACGCCAGGUUUGCAGUUUGGCCAGUGGAUAUUUGGAGCAAAUCCACUAACACUCAGGGAUGGGUGACAAAUGCAUAGUCAUCAGCAGGUAUUACACUGAGCCUGAAUCACAGCCAUCACUGCCCAGCUCGGCUUGGGAGCGGAGUGACCUAGCAAUGCUACCAUUCUAGGCUGGUGGCAAAAGCAGCAUCAGUUCCUGGCAGUGCAUAAUAUCCCAAAUGUCAGCAGAACUGCCAUACCAGAAGCUGGUGAAGGAGUAAGGAAGACUGAUGUUUGACAUCCGGUCAACAGUGAAGUCAUCAGAAACAGAGCACAAGCUGUGGCACUUUCAAGGACACAAAAGAAAAUCUGCCUUGGCCUUAAGUGAUAUAAAAAAAACUAAAUCUGGAUGGCAGGACACAGAAGAGAACCAACAUGUUCCACAAUACGAGACCAACAUGCUAGCUAAUGUGCUAUAAAUCUUCAUCCAGAAGUGUUCUCAGGAUGUUGUUGGUUUAUUCUGCAUUAGGAACUGCCAUGGAUAUGCAUUUUGAGGAACUUUUCUUCUUUGUUGAAAACAGCCUCCUCUGGGGCAAAAGUUUCCUCUUGAGACUUCUUUGUGGGCUAAUGAAAGAGAUACCACUACUGGUGCGAACAGCACCUACAUUAACCUUCAACGAAGUCACCAUUUUGUUAGCCAGCUGAACUUCAGUAGCUGACAUACCAGAAACAA